AUAAAGAACACACUUUCCCUCUCAAAAUACUCAUCUUCCCCUUUUCUCUUCUUUAUAUCCAAAAAACCAUCUCUUUUCUGCCUUGUUCUUGUUCCCGUUGAUAUUCUCUAUUUGCUUUGCUGUGCUAUAAGAAAACCAAUUUGGGAAUCCUUAAUUGCAGCUUAAAACUUAACUGGGUAUACAGAAAACAGACACUGUCUCCUCUUUUGGAGGCUUCACUUCUUAAAUCUUUGAAUUGGGGUUAUGGAGAAGCUCAAUUUUGUCAAGAAUGGUGUGCUUAGAUUGCCUCCGGGGUUCAGAUUCCACCCCACGGAUGAAGAACUUGUAGUUCAGUACUUGAAGAGGAAGGUGUUUUCUUGCCCCCUGCCUGCUUCCAUCAUUCCAGAAGUCGAUGUUUGCAAAGCUGAUCCCUGGGACUUACCAGGUGAUUUGGAGCAGGAGAGGUACUUUUUCAGCGCCAGAGAAUCCAAGUACCCGAACGGGAACAGGUCCAACAGAGCCACCGGCUCCGGUUACUGGAAGGCCACAGGAAUAGAUAAGCAAAUUGUGACCUCCAGGAGCAACCAAGUGGUGGGCAUGAAGAAAACUCUGGUUUUUUACAGAGGAAAGCCCCCACAUGGCGUUAGGACUGACUGGAUCAUGCACGAGUACCGCCUGGCAAAUACCGAGACUCCCACCGGCAAUGCACCACAAAAGAAGAACCCAACUCAGGGUCUCAUGGAGAAUUGGGUUCUCUGCCGUAUAUUUUUGAAGAAGAGAAAUAAUAAGAAUGAAGAAGAGAACGUCCCAAUGCAAAUUUCUUGCCAUGAAAACGGAGUUCGAAAGCUCAGCACAGACAGGCCGAUGUUCUAUGAUUUUCUUUCCGAAAGCAAGACCAACACAGACUUGAAUCUUGCUCCGAGUUCUUUCUCCUCCGGUUCCAGCGGAAUCACAGAGGUUUCCAUCAACGAAACAGAGGAUCACGAAGAAAGCAGUAGUUGCAACAGUUUUCCAUAUUUUCGAAGAAAACCUUGAAACUUCAAGAUAAGCAACACUUGGUUACUGUAGUAGUUGUGUACCAGUAAAUUUGGCAGUUUCUGAUUUAGCUAAGUCAGAAUAACCACUUUAGCAUAAUAUAGAUUGUCUGGUAAGUUUAAGUUUUUGGGUCUCUGAGUCUCUGGUUACCAGAGGUAGCAGAAACAGAGAUCGAAAAGGAAGAAACGAUGGAUGAAAGAUUAGUGUUCGGCAUUUAACUGUUGCCACUAAUAUGAAGAGCAAACAAUCUUUUACCAGAUGUUGUCAUGUAGUGAACCUCAAAAUUUCAAAAAUCUUAGUAAUUUUACUCUCCCUUUAUCCCUUCUUUUACCGAUAAGUUAGUUAUUGCUUUAUUGUCUGUCUCAACUUAGUUAUUGCUCUAUUGCCUAUCUCAACUAACAAAAACUUGAGAUUUUA